AUGGCCGAGAUCUUGAUUAACGGAAACCGUUUGGACCCUGAGACACAACGCCCGGCGCUUCGUGCUUUCGGUCUUGAGUCAGCAGACGCCUCCAAGUCGGACUACAUCCUGGUGCAGUCCAUCGAGCCUCUAUCGAAUGAGCAAGAGGAUGAGCUCGAGAAGCUAGGUGUAAAAAUCCAGGAGUAUGUCUCAAGGAACACCUACCUUUGCGGAUUUAAGGACACGGAUCUUCAGCGCAUCCGCAAUCUUCCGUAUCUCUCCUGGGUCAAUGUCUAUCUAGACCUGUUUGUUGUCCAGUCAAACCUGAAGACUCCUGCCGGAGUUAUGGAGGUGUUCCCGACUGUGCCCAAAGACCGGACGACCCAAGCGGUAGACGUCCUCCUUCAUAAGGACGUGGAGGCAAGCUCUCCACAAGUUCUGUCGGCCGUUGCCGCAGCUGGGCAUGCUGAUCCGGAAGCAUUAGGUGCGGGACCAAAAAAGAUCCGGCUUAAUGUUGAAAGUCAAUACCUGGAUGCUCUUGCGGCCAUUGACCAAGUCAGGCGCAUUCAGCCAGUUUAUCCCCCACGGCUCUUCAACAGCCGGGCGAUGAAGAUCCUCGGUGCCCCUGUCCAAGUCAAUGGUACCCAGUACGAUGGUGAUGGACAGGUGGUAGCUGUUGCGGAUACUGGAUUCGAUACAGGCUGUGCCACUGACGCCCAUGCUGCCUUCAAGGGCCGAGUCAGGCAGCUGUAUGCCCUAGGACGACUCCGAAAGUCAGACGAUCCAGACGGCCAUGGGACUCACGUCUGCGGGUCUGUUCUUGGAGAUGGGUACUCUGCCAAGAUGGGUGGACAGAUCCGUGGCGCAGCACCAAAGGCUAACCUUGUGGUGCAAUCUCUCCUCGACCAAUCCAAUGGUCUUGGUGGGGUCCCAAUGGACAUUGACCGGCUUUUCUCUCUUCCAUACCAGAAUGAUGGUGCUCGCAUUCAUACAAACUCAUGGGGAUCAUCUUCACCUGACAUGAGGCAGCUGUCAUAUAAUCCUUCCAGUGAAGGCAUCGACAACUUCGUCUGGGAGCAUCAGGACAUGGUGAUCCUCUUUGCUGGCGGAAACGACGGCAUCGACGCGGACAGGAACGGAAUUAUUGACCCCAGGCAGAUAGGCGCCGAGGCAGCCGCGAAGAACUGUAUCACCGUGGGAGCAAGCGAGAACUAUCGCCCGGAGGUUUCCAUCCCAUAUGGGGCCCGAUGGCCCAAGGGCCCCAUUAGCAAAGAUCUGAUGGCAGACAAUCCUGAAGGCCUGGCAGCCUUCAGUAGCCGCGGGCCUACUCUGGAAGGACGGAUUAAACCCGAUGUCGUUGCACCUGGAACUGCAAUCCUCUCAACCCGGUCUAGACACCUAGUUCGUGCGGAAGAUAGCUUUGGCGAGAGUUUGGAUCCCGAGUGGUGGUUUUUAGCUGGCACCAGUAUGGCCACACCUCUGGUGGCUGGAUGCACUGCUGUCCUGAGAGAGACGCUGGUUAAAAAUGGAACCCAGAAGCCCAGUGCAGCCCUUGUCAAGGCGCUAUUGAUCAAUGGAACCGUUGAACUAACGGGACAAUAUGUUCCAACGGAAGCUGGUCCAUCGCCCAACGGCAACAGCGGCUAUGGACGCGUGAAUCUGACCAACUCGGUAAUCCUGUCCAAUCAAUCCGACGGUGGAUAUCGCGAGGGAGGACCCCUCUCGCAAGGCGCGAGCGACGAGAUGGUGGUGAAUAUCCCAACUAGGCAACGGCCCGAGGGCACGGUGCUGAAGGUAACCCUGGUCUGGACAGAUCCACCUGGCGAGACGCUUCAGAAUGAUCUGGACUUGAUUGUUGUCGGACCAGGUGGGAAGGAAAAGCAUGGGAACAUGGACGACAAGACAGGGUUCGACCGGUCCAACAAUGUCGAACAGGUGGUGUGGACCAAUCUUCCUGCUGGGAACGUGAAAAUCAUCGUGCGUGCGUAUCGCAUCUUUCAACGCGGUUAUGCUCAGCCCUACGCCCUGGUCUGGAGUAUUAACCGUCCGCCCAAGCAGGAGCUGGUGAAGUGA